GCGUGGAGCUGCUCGCGCUGCACGUUCGAGAAUGAGCCGCGCGUGCGGCAAUGCGCCAUGUGCAUGGGCGCUCGGCCGGCCGCGACGCCUGUAAAGGCUCCCGCGGCGUCUCCAGCGCCGGCCAGCCGCUCGGCCAGUAAGAGGGCCAAGACCAAGACGCCGCCCGCCAAGUCGCCGUCGCCAUCGCUGCUCUUCGGCGUCGGCAGCUCGGCGGAGAAGGAGCGGCAGCGCGUGCAGAAGAAGCUGCAGCAGCUCAAGGAGCUCGGCAUCGAGCUGCCCGACGCCGACAUGAUGGCGCUGCUGCAGCGCAACUGCUUCAGCGUGCCCGGGGCCGCCUCCGAGUACUUCGAGCGCCUGGCCCAGCAGGAGUCGACCGGCGGCGGCGCCCAGCAGGACGAGGGGGCUAAGCGGAGACUGGAGCAGGCGCUGCAGAGACUGGAGCGCGUGGACGCGCAGGACCAGAGCUUCCAGGUGCUGGGCAAGACCACCAUGCAGGCCUCGGUGAACCGCCAGGGCGUGGCGCUGCAGGUCGGGGACGAGCUGCUGCUGCAGGCCGAGAACGCCGGCAAGAAGCGGCUGCGACCCGGACUCUCCGCCGGCGCCUCGGCGUCUGGGGGCAUCGUGAGGAUCGCCACUCUGCAGCACUCGCAGAUCGGGCGACUGGAGCGGAACCUCGAGAUGCUGCUGCACCCGCUCAUGAAGAGCGGGCUCGUGAAGCUCGGGGCCGUGUGCGAGACGCCCCCAGUGUCGUCGCACAUGUUCGCGUCGUUCGAUGUGACGGCGUUCGUGUACGUUAGCGUCAAGGCGUUCGACAUGUUCAAGGAAGGCGACGCGAACUUCCACCUCUCCGACCAUCUCUACAACCUGCUGCAGAUGAUCAACGGGGCUGAGGCGCCGUCGUUGGAUGCGCUGGCUUCCCGUCCCUCUGCAGAGGCUGAAGAUCCGUCGGCCAAGGUGAACCCGGAAGACCUUGACACCCUCUUUUCGGAGUGUGUUGGCGCAAACGACCUCCACAACUCAGCGGAUGGAUCGGACACGGACCCAUCAGAGCACCUCCUGCAGUAUCUGAAUGCUAUCGAGCUACGGGAUCAUCAAAAGCAGGCGCUGCGAUGGAUGCUGUGGCGCGAGAACCAGCUUAAAAGCGGCGUCAGCGAGCAAGAGAGUAACGACCCGAUGUGGGAGGAACGCCACUUCCGGUCCAAGAUCUCGUACUAUGUAAACCCCUUCGAGAAAAGCGCCUCGCUGACUCGACCGGACCCUCCAGUUCCCUGUUUAGGCGGAAUUCUAGCAGACGACAUGGGAAUGGGCAAAACGAUGAUGAUGCUUUCACUCAUCGCAUAUCAAAAGCACACGCUCGUCGUUUGCCCGCUGAGUUUGCUUCACCAGUGGAAAAACGAGGCACAAGAGCGCUUCCUCCCUAACACGCUGAGCGUUCACGUGUACUAUGGCGACGAUCGCGACAACGACACUGGGCUUAGUGCGGCAUCUUUCAGCAAGAGCGACCUGCUACUCACCACGUACGGAGUGCUAUCGGCAGAGUUCGAGAAGAACGGGGUCCUCACGACAGCGGAGUGGAACCGCGUCAUUCUUGAUGAGGCGCACAGCAUCAAGAACAGGUCUACAGGCUACUUCAAGACGUGCUCUGCGAUGAAAGCCACCCACCGCUGGUGUCUAACCGGCACUCCUAUCCAGAACACACUCGACGACAUGUUCUCUCUUCUCUGCUUUCUCCAGUACCAGCCCUGGUCUCGAGUGGCGUGGUGGAAGAGGGUGAUCACGAAGCCGUAUGAAGAUGGUGACGAUGUAAACGCGCUCGGUCGGCUGAAGGUGAUUCUAACCCCAAUUCUGCUUCGGCGCACCAAGCACUCGCGGGACAAGCAGGGCAAAAUGAUCGUUCAGCUUCCCCCGAAGCACGUCGACCUGGUCAAGCUCGAGUUCUCCCCGGACGAGCGAGCGUUCUACCAAGCUGUAUACGACAAGAGCAGGGCCGAGUUCAACGGCUUCGUGGCCAGCGGCUCAGCAAUGACAAGCUACGUCGCUAUCUUCGCACUGUUGCUCCGACUUCGUCAAGCUUGCGACCACCCUCUGCUCGCGCUCGGGAAAGACGUCGAGCAAGCGAUGCAGUCCGACGACAAGAGUACGAGCGCGACUACCACAGCCGCCUCGGCCAGGUCAGCGUUCCAGCCGCAGCACAACGAGAGCUCUGAGGCCUACUACCAGCAAAUCGCCGCGCAGCUCCAAAAGGACAUGAAGGCCAGCAACCGCACGCAGCUUCUGGAGAACGGGAGCGACGCCACGGACACAGAGAGCAGCAGCUCGGCUGGAGGCUUGACGGCGUCGUACAUCCAGAGCGUGAUAGCGCAGGUUGAAGAUGGCCUGGAGUCGCAGGAGUGCCCGAUUUGCUUGGACCCGCCGCAGAACGCCGUGCUGACUCCGUGCGCCCACGUGCUGUGCGACCAGUGCCUGCGCGACAGUCUAGCGAACGACCCGGAGAACGGCUGCCCCGUGUGUCGAACCGUG